AAAGUACAAACAGCCAUCCUCCAGUUAUUCCUCCUCUGCAAAGUAUAACCAGUCAAAAAACGAGAAGACCUUCUCAAAAGAUCGAAACCACUCCCUGAGAAGGUACACUCAAACCCUGAAGUACAAAGGGUACAAAGGGAGAAAACAAUGGUAGGUAAAGACCUUGUUGUUGCUGACCUUGAGUUAGCAGUUAGGCGUUAUCAAGCUUGUAAUACUCACAAAUUUUUGGAAGUUUGGAGGACUAUCACUUCAAACCAGUAUAUUCUAGACAUAAUUGAGCAUGGGGUUAAAAUUGAAUUUAUUAGUGUCCCAGUGUCAUCUUACCACCCAGUGAAGUUUUCACAAAAAGAUUGUAUAACUAUAAGUAAGGCAAUUCAACAACUUUUACAAAAGAAGGCAAUCCAGCAGGUACAAGCAACAAAUAACUGUUUUCUUUCAGGUAUAUUUAUUGUCCCUAAAAAAGAUGGUAGCUCAAGAAUGAUUAAUAACCUUAAACAGUUAAAUAGAUCUGUCAGAUAUCGCCAUUUUAAAAUGGAAACACUGCAAGAUGUUUUAUGUCUUAUCAAACCAGGUGUUUGGAUGGGAAGUAUUGACUUAAAGGACGCAUACCACAGCAUCCCUUUUCAUAUUGACUUCCAAAAGUUCUUAGCUUUUUCUUGGGAUGGACAGUUUUACCAAUUUCUAGCUUUACCCUUUGGGUUUGGUCCAGCUGUUAGGAUCUUCACCAAAGUUCUUAAAGCGCCCUUUAAGGUACUAAGAGGGGCAGGUCAUGUAUCUGUUGUAUAUAUAGAUGAUUCUUAUUUGCAAGGUGAUACUUUUGAAUCAUGCCAAAGAAACAUUACGGCAACUGUCUCACUUUUGAGCAGCUUAGGAUUUACUGUACAUCCAAACAAGUCAAUUCUUGUGCCUAGCCAAUGUAUGGUGUUUUUAGGGUUUGUGUUAAACUCUGCUCAGAUGACAAUAGCCUUAAGCGAGGAAAGGGUCAUAAAAAUAAAGUGUCUAUGUAAGGACUUGCUGUACAUGCAUCACCCCACAGUUAGGUUUGUUUCCAGGGUUAUUGGAACAUUAGUUUCUGCCUUUGAUGCCGUGAAGUAUGGCAAGUUACAUUACAGGUCCUUGGAGACAGAUAAGAAUCUAGGACUCCAACUAGGCCAUGGAAAUUUUGAUUCAAAGGUUUUUAUUUCAGAGUUUUCUAUUAAGGAUUUACAGUGGUGGCUCACAAUGGCUCAGUUUACCAGACCUAUACAAUUGCCUAAAAUUGAUCUAAUUUUAUCCUCUGAUGCUAGUCUUCAAGGAUGGGGUGGCACUGACGGAAACUCUCAAAUAGGGGGGCGUUGGUCUGAAGGAGAAUUACCUGAGCAUAUCAAUACUUUAGAGUUGUUGGCUGCAUUUUUUACACUCAAAGCCUUCUUAAAAAUAAGACAUUAUAGACAUGUUCAGAAAUUGGCUGUUGAAAUAUGGGAAUUUGCUAGAACGUGUGAUGUUUGGUUAUCAGCUUGUCAUAUACCUGGUGUAUUAAAUACUAUAGCUGAUUAUAAAUCAAGACAAUUUCAGGAUAACAUUGAAUGGUCCUUGAAUGUAAAACAAUUUAACAUAAUUUCCGACAUUUUUUGGAAAUUUGAUAUUGACCUUUUUGCAUCCAGACUCAAUGCAAAAUGUGAGGAUUAUUUUUCUUUAAGACCUGAUCCAGAUGCUAAAGCUGUAAAUGCCUUCGCUCAGACCUAGUCGAAUUUAAACUUUUAUGCCUUCCCACCAUUUAAUUUGAUUGGAAAAGUUCUUGCAAAGAUAAAUAUAGAUCAAGCCACAGGCAUUCUUGUAGUACCUUUCUGGUCUUCGCAGCCUUGGUUUCCUCAAGCGAUUAAUAUGUUAUACAGGACACCUGUGUUAUUUCCUCCUUCGUCUAGAUUGUUGUUUCUACCGGAAACAAAAAGACAACAUCCUCUACACCAAACCUUGUCGCUGCUCAUGCUGCCUGUCUCCGGGAAUCGUUACAAGGUAAAGAGCUUCCAUCAGACAUGUCGAUAUCAUUGCAGCAUCAUGGAGAGAAGGUACCCAGAAACAAUACUCGGGUCCAAUCAGACGAUGGAUACAAUAUUGCACUGGGAGGUCGAUUGAUCCCUAUCAUCCAAAUGUGAAAGAUGUGUUAAUACACCUUACUGAAUUAUUCAAAGAGAUGUUAUUGGUAGUGUGACAAGUCUUCAUGAUCUUGGUGCCUCGCUCUUGGACUCAGUUAUGAAAGCGACAAGUCAUGAAUCUUAGUUUGCGUUUUUUUUUUUUAACAUUUACAUACUGAUUGUAACAUUAUAUUGUUAAAAUAAGUUUGCUCAGUUAUUCAAA